AUGGGCCGUGGUGAAUCUAUCGACUGGUCCCCGGUUUGGAGCGAGGUGGUGAAGCUUCACAACGAAAACAUGACGUUGUCGCAGAUCCGGAGCGAGUUGCAAAAGUCUCAUCCCAAAUUCGAAGCCUCGAUACGUGCCUAUCGAUCUCGUUUUAAGGAGCGAGACAUGACCAGGCUGAUCCAUAUGAACCGGCAAACUCUGCUAGGGUCCUCAGGCCCUAGGCUUGGUAUCGCAGAGCUGCAGGACACGCAAGAUCCUGCUAACGAACUAAGCGUAAUGCCAAUACCUUUGACUGUCAACAGCAUCACCACGGAUUUGGACCACGCCUCGAAACGGAGGAGAUUAGACUUCCAUCUUGAACAACACGAGAGAGGAUCUCAGUCCCAGUCCCCUUACAUCUGGUCGGGGGCGCAGAGAGUUGACAUCGUAGCAAGGACUACCAAAGAUGGGGUUGCAGGUCUUGCGUCGAGCUCGUGGGGUGCAAGUCAGAGCAAUGGACGUCCACGAAGUAAUCUUAUCGAUGCUGCCUUAGCUUUGGGUACCAACGCGGGUAUCCUGCAACGAUCAAAUCUCGAAGAGACGCCUUCAGAAGAGAGCAAUUUAGCCGUUGAUCACUUCUCAGGACAGCAGCAUGAGGUCCAAUACUCACUACUGGAACCGAACGCUCACAAACUUCAGGAUAUCUUGCUCGCCACGAAAUUUGAGCCUGAAAUCACGAAUGUACUACAUCGCGCAGCCGCAAAAUAUAGCACUAUCCUUGGUCCCGUGCUGCAGUUCAUGCGGCAGCGCAAUAUUAGCAUCGAUCUCCUGGACGAAGAGGGACGUACAGCACUUCACCUCGCCAUCAAAAAUGGACAUAAUGAGUCUGUGCGAAGUCUUCUGGAUACUGGUGCCUCGAUCAAUCGUCAGGGUUCCACGACCGCUUUACAUGUAGCUGUUGAAGCUGCGGAGUUAUCUGAGCCCAUCAUUAAUGUCCUGCUCGAUCAUGGCGCUAAGACUUAUGCUAUCGACUAUGCCGGGUCGUCAUCGUUGAGACUGCUUGUGAAUCGCCUGGGCCGCCAGGGGCUCGAUGGUAAAUACGAAACUCUAAAAUGCAUAUUGGACGCGAUCACAGCUCUCUUGAACAAGGGCAGUACUCUGGACAGCGAACAAGACAAACCAACCUUUGAGGCCUUCAUCGACUGGUUUCAACCGCUUUGGCUUGCAAGCUCUCUUCGCUGGUACUAUCGUGACUACGCGUUGCCCGUACUCCGUACAUUCCUCGCCAAAGGAUAUUCACCUCUACACGACGUUACUGUGCGAAGCUGCCCUUAUGAGUACUGUGAUACCCUUGCUGAUUUUGCUGCUUUCCAUCUCCCCGACGAUGAAUUAUGGCGCUUAAUAGCAAGAUCCUCAUCUAUUGACACUCAUGUACUCAGCCUCGCACGACGAUUGCUAGAACCCUGUUUCCAUUGUAACCGCGCAUUUUCCCCAGCAAAGUAUAUGGAAAUGCUGCCGUGGCAUGGAGCUCACUUCACCGCAGAAGAUUCGACAAACCUACUCCAUGAGCUUUUGGACCAGACUUACACCCACAAUUCGGGAGACAACCAUACUAUACUACAAAUGUGGCUCGACAGAGGCUUCGUGACCGACGUUCAGCCAUUGAAACAUCAACAGCGGCCACUCGAAGCGUAUCUGAUGCAUUGUUUGGAAUAUGCAAAUGUGCCACAUCUAGGACUUGUGACGACCUUGUUAUCUGUGGACAAAGGUCUCUCUAUCGCGAGGGAAACGCAGGUCGACGACAUGGCCGACAGUCUCUUCUGCUACCAUCCCGGUCUUCAUUACCGCAAGUACAUGGAGCCAGACUACGGCUGUCAUCUUCUACAGUAUUAUUUUGCUAGUAUCGACUCUCUGGAUCCAAAAGAAUUUUAUUCGCUACUGAAAGACUCUUGGCGAUGCGUUAUUCAUGUUCUCACUGCGCACUUGAUUGCUGACGACCUUGCCAUACCACACGCCGAGAACAGAUGGCAGAGGACUCUUUUUGCCGCCGUUAUCAGAAAAGAGGCUAAGCUACCACUGAUUGCUGUCGGUCAUGACAUACUGAUCGAAGCGAUUGGAAGCGCACCUGAAUCUGCAGGAUAUGUGACUGCGUACGAGGGAAGCUGGGACAGUUUGAAAGCCAGUCUACGGGAGUUACCUCAAUUGCAUGACUUUCCACUUGACGAGGAUGAGGAUGAGGAUGAGGAUGAGGAUCCACCUUGGACAUGA